GUGCAUAUAUCAGUCGGAUUUGGUUUUACAUGAGAUUUAUAUUAAUAAUUUGCCUGGAAUAAUCCACCUGCUAUGGAUUUUAUACGUUCCUCCGUUAGUGCUCUCAUCUUGUUCUUUUAUUUCCUUGGUCUCAUGGUGCAUGUCGCUUUUGGAGACAUUAACUAUUCAUUCCCGGAGGAGCUAAAACGCGGAUCUGUAAUUGGAAAUAUAGCCAAGGAUCUCGGACUUGAUGUUAAAGACCUGGCAGCGCGCAAGGCUCGUAUUGAUGCUGAAGGGAACCGAAAACGGUACUGUAACAUUAAUCCGAUGACUGGAGAGCUGACCGUAGCGGAAAGACUUGACCGAGAGGGGCUUUGUGGGAAGAAAGCCUCGUGCGUUAUAAAACAGGAACUUAUGCUGGAGAAUCCUUUGGAAUUACAUCGCGUCAACUUAAAUGUUCAAGACGUAAACGAUAACUCGCCCAAAUUUGAGGACGACGUAAUAAGAAUUGAAAUACGAGAAUCGACUUUUAAAGGAGCUCGAUUUUUAUUGGAGGAAGCUCACGAUGCGGAUCAUGGGCAAAAUUCCGUUAAGACUUACAGCUUGCAAAGAAACGAUCACUUUGUUUUAUCUGUAAAUACAAAUGAUAUCGGAGGAAAAUACAGUGAGCUGGUAUUAGAAAAAGAACUUGAUCGUGAACAGCAGCAGGAGGUCACAUUAAUCCUUACCGCAGUAGACGGUGGGACUCCACCGAGAUCAGGUACCGUCACCAUUCACGUCACUGUACUGGAUGCUAAUGAUAACGCUCCAGUGUUUAGUCAGUCCGUCUAUAAAGUCAGUCUGUCUGAAAAUUCACCAGUAGGUACUGUAUUGGUUACAGUGAACGCUACUGAUGCUGACGAGGGAUCAAAUGGCGAGGUAAUUUAUGCGUUAGGUCACAUUUCAGAAGAAGAAAAAAAUAUUUUUUCGCUCGACCGUAAAACGGGAACAAUCACCGUCAUCGGACCAAUAGAUUUCGAGGAAGAGUCUACAUUUGAACUGCGAGUACUAGCAAAGGAUGCAUCUGGUUUAACGUCGUAUUCAAUGGUAAUGGUUGAAAUUACCGAUGUAAAUGAUAACGAACCAGUCAUAAUACUUAAGUCUUUGAAUAGCCCCAUCCCUGAAAAUGCGUUACCUGGUACAGAGGUGGGCAUUAUUAACGUGCAAGACAGAGACUCUGAGAAUAACCGACAGCUUCGCUGCUCAAUUGAACAAAACGUUCCUUUUAAGCUCGUCCCAUCGAUAUCGAUUAAAAAUUAUUACUCUGUGGUAAUAACGGGUGAUCUGGACCGUGAGAUGGUGUCUGAAUAUGACAUUACAAUCACUGCUACUGACCAGGGCUUUCCGCCUUUGUCCUCAGCUAAGACUAUUCAGUUGUUGGUAGCUGAUGUCAACGACAACCCACCUGUAUUUGAGGAGCAGACUUACAGCGCUCAUGUGAAAGAAAAUAACAAACCAGGCUCCGCUGUGUGUACAGUAGCAGCAACAGACCCAGACUGGAGACAGAACGGUACUGUAGUUUAUUCUCUGUUUCCCUCUGAUGUCAAUGGAGCUCCGGUUACAUCUUUUUUAUCCAUUAAUGGAGACACGGGAGUUAUUCAUGCCGUGAGGUCUUAUGAUUAUGAGCAGUUUAAAAGUUUUAAAGUGCUCGUCUUGGCCAGAGACAACGGUUCUCCUCCUCUGAGCAAUAACGUGACCGUGAGCGUUUUCAUCAUGGAUGAGAAUGACAACUCUCCUCAGAUAUUAUAUCCCUCUCCGGACGGAAACUCUUUUAUGACCGAAAUGGUGCCUAAAACAGUACACGCGGGCUCCCUCGUUUCCAAGGUGAUUGCAGUGGACGCGGACUGCGGGCAGAAUGCGUGGCUCUCUUAUCAUAUAGUGAAAGCCACCGACCAAGGACUUUUCACGAUCGGUGUCCACAGCGGUGAAAUAAAGAUGCAACGGGAUCUAUCUGAAUCCGAUAACAUGAAGCAAAAUGUCAUUGUUUCAGUUAGCGAUAACGGACAGCCCUCUUUGUCUGCGACAUGUGUAAUGUAUUUAAUUAUUUCGGAUAAUUUAGCUGAAGUCCCAGAGCUAAAGGACAUAACUUUUGACGACACAAACUCCAGACUUACAUUGUAUUUAACAGUCGCACUCGUGACCGUGACCACAUUCUUCCUCACCUUCGUCAUUACCGUCCUGGCCGUGAGAUUUUGUCACAAGAGGAAGCCCAGACUAAUGUUUGAUGGAGCUGUCACCAUUCCCGGCGCGUAUCUCCCUCCAAAUUACGCAGAUGUGGAGGGUACCGGAACUCUCCGUAGCAACUUCAAUUAUGACGCGUAUCUCACCACAGGCUCACGAACAAGCGAUUUCAAAUUCAUCACAUCUUAUAAUGAAAGUACACUGCCCGCUGAACUGACUCGGGAAAAGACCGAAUGUGUUACAGAUGAUCUUGGUGAACAAAGAGAUAUAACUCAGGUACGACCUCACAUUUUGUAUAACUUUGCGUUCGUCAUCUUAUUUUACUUCCCGCUGUAA